AUGCUCCCUAGGCUUUGCGACAUUCUCCUACGAUUCAGAAUUGGAAAUAUCGCGAUCACCAGCGACGUUGAAAAAGCAUUCCCGCAAGAUCAUCUGCAGGAUAGGGACGUUACUCGGUUCCUAUGGUUGAAAAACCAGAACUCACCAGUGAUUCCAAGCAAAAUGGUGACAUAUCGAUUAAGCCGCGUCACGUUUGGCCUCAUAUGCUCACCGUUUCUCCUGGCAGGGAAAAUCAAGUACCACUUGGAGAACCAUGCACAGAACAACUACAUCGCUCGAGAAAUCGAAAUCAACACGUACGUGGACAAUGUCAUUCUAACGUCGAAUUCAACGGAAGGCGCAUUGCUGCUCUAUAAGAAGUCAAGGAUGAUUUCCGAAGACAUUAAGAUGAAUCUCAGAGAAUUUCUAUCAAACGACGAUUAUCUGCAACAACAAAUAGCUGAGAAAGACUUGAGUAAGAAUCCAAGGCAAAAAAAUCUUGGGAAUACCGUCGAGCUCGAUUGA